AUGGGCCGGCCGUAUGUGUUUGACAAUGUGUUCCCCACAAACACCACCCAGGAGCAGGUCUACAACACCUGUGCCAAGCAGAUCGUCAAAGAUGUCCUGGGUGGAUAUAACGGCACCAUCUUCGCUUAUGGGCAGACGUCAUCUGGAAAGACACACACUAUGGAGGGGAACCUUCACGACCCACAGGGAAUGGGGAUCAUGCCUCGCAUCGCAGAUGACAUUUUUGAGCACAUAUUUGCCAUGGAUGAGAACCUGGAGUUUCACAUCAAGGUGUCCUACUUUGAAAUCUACAUGGACAAAAUCCGGGACUUGUUAGAUGUGACAAAAACCAACCUGUCAGUGCACGAAGACCGAUACAGGGUUCCCUAUGUAAAGGGUUGUACGGAGCGUUUCGUCACGAGCCCCGAGGAAGUGAUGGAUGUGAUAGAUGAAGGAAAGGCCAACCGCCAUGUCGCCGUCACCAACAUGAAUGAGCACAGCUCCCGCAGCCACAGCAUCUUCCUGAUAAAUAUCAAACAGGAAAAUGUGGAAACCGAGCAGAAGAUGAGUGGGAAGCUGUACUUAGUUGACCUAGCAGGGAGUGAAAAGGUCAGUAAGACAGGUGCAGAGGGAGCCGUGCUGGAUGAAGCCAAAAACAUCAACAGGUCUCUGUCCGCUUUGGGGAACGUCAUCUCAGCCCUCGCAGAAGGAACGAAAUCCCAUGUGCCGUACCGAGACAGCAAAAUGACACGCAUCCUUCAGGACUCGCUGGGCGGAAACUGUCGCACCACAAUGUUCAUAUGCUGCUCCCCUUCCAGCUACAACGACGUGGAGACCAAGUCCACCCUGAUGUUUGGCCAACGAGCUAAAACCAUACGGAACACGGUGUCAGUGAACCUGGAGCUCACGGCCGAACAGUGGAAGAAGAAAUAUGAAAAGGAAAAGGAGAAGAACAGGUCACUGAAGGAGAACAUUCAGCGGCUGGAGGUGGAGCUUAAUCGCUGGAGAAAUGUUAGACUGGAUAUUCUUUUCUGA